ACUUAGGUGGAGGCCGCGCCCGGAGGGGAGGAGUCGGGGCCGGCCCAGCGGCUGGGCUCGGCCGGGCCACACAAGGCCCCCCAGAACCGAGCUGGCUCGUCCUCACACCCCAGGGCAGUGCCCCUUUUCUGAGUGACCCCGCAUCGCGAGCAAACGCCAGCUUCGUGACGUCACAACCCUGCCCAUCCCCUCAGCUUGAUGACACCUGGAGCUCCAGCUCCCCGCUUCACUUCGCGCGCCCUUAGUGUCCCAUUCACGUAGCCCACGGCUGAGCGCCGGCGGCACUGCACGGAACCUGCCAAGCUAGAAGACUUGCUGCGGGAAAACUCCUAGGACUUCUUUCGCAAACUCUAGGGUGUUGGGAAGCGUCACAAUCACUGCCUUCAAGUCUAAUCGGCCAUCCCAAUGCACUGUCAGACGCUGCCCUUUUAAGAACCCAGCAGUGAUGUGGAGGUGGAGACCCACAGGAGCCCCGGACUUCACCUGAGCUACCUCAGUGGUCACCAAGAGUGGCAAGAUAAAGAAAACCCUGAGUUGGGCGGGACCAGGAUGCCUGACCGGGACAGCUAUGCCAACGGUACCGGGAGCAGCGGUGGAGGCCCUGGAGGCGGUGGCAGCGAGGAGGCCAAUGGCGCAGGGGCAGGGAGUGGCGGGGCCAGCUCAGAUGCCAUCUGUAGAGACUUCUUGAGGAAUGUGUGCAAGCGCGGCAAGCGUUGCCGAUAUCGCCACCCAGACAUGAGCGAGGUGUCCAACUUGGGGGUGAGCAAAAACGAGUUCAUCUUCUGCCAUGACUUCCAGAACAAGGAGUGUAGCCGCCCAAAUUGCCGUUUCAUCCAUGGCUCCAAGGAAGAUGAGGACGGCUAUAAGAAGACAGGAGAGCUUCCCCCACGGCUGAGGCAGAAAGUAGCAGCUGGCCUUGGCCUUUCACCGGCUGACCUACCAAAUGGCAAGGAGGAGGUCCCUAUCUGCCGUGACUUUCUCAAGGGUGACUGUCAGAGAGGAGCCAAGUGCAAGUUCCGUCACCUGCAACGGGAUUUUGAGUUUGAUGGUCGGGGUGGAGGAGGCACUGGUGGGGGCUCAACAGGCUCAGUCCUCCCAGGACGACGUCAUGAUCUCUAUGAUAUCUAUGACCUUCCUGACAGGGGCUUUGAGGACCAUGAGCCAGGCCCAAAACGCCGGCGAGGUGGAUGCUGCCCCCCUGAUGGCCCUCAUUUUGAGUCAUAUGAAUAUAGCUUGGCUCCACCGCGAGGGGUGGAGUGCAGACUGCUAGAGGAGGAGAAUGCCAUGCUCAGGAAGCGGGUAGAGGAGUUAAAGAAGCAGGUCAGUAACCUGCUGGCCACCAAUGAGGUAUUACUGGAACAAAAUGCUCAGUUCCGCAAUCAGGCCAAGGUCAUAACCCUGAGCUCCACUGCACCAGCGACUGAGCAGACUCUGGCCCCCACUGUGGGCACUGUUGCCACUUUUAACCAUGGCAUUGCCCAGACUCACACUACUCUCAGCAGCCAAGCUCUACAGCCUCGUCCAGUGUCCCAGCAAGAACUGGUGGCCCCUGCUGGAGCUCCAGCUGCUCCCCCAACUAAUGCUGCACCUCCUGCUGCUCCACCACCCCCACCCCCACACUUGACCCCAGAGAUCACGCCACUGUCAGCUGCCCUGGCUCAAACAAUUGCCCAGGGAAUGGCACCCCCACCUGUCUCCAUGGCUCCUGUGGCUGUAUCUGUGGCUCCUGUGGCCCCUGUGGCUGUAUCGAUGGCCCAACCCUUGGCAGGAAUCACAAUGAGCCACACCACCACUCCCAUGGUGACUUACCCUAUCGCUUCCCAGAGCAUGCGCAUCACGGCCAUGCCACACUGAUGGGGCUAAUGGACACUCCCCUGGUAUAGCCUCGCAGGGCUGGGGUCAGGGGGCCCUUGUCCACUCACCUAGCCUUCCCCAGCCCUGUCUGAAGGGCUCCUUUGAGAACUAGGACAAGAGACUACAAGGAGUAUGUCCUGAGGAGGGGUUGGGAUGGUGUCUUUUCUCUCACCUCCCUUUUAUGAGGGUCCUCUUGUCCAUCUUCAAGCCUCACAGUGGGGGCUUGCAGAGGAGUGCAGACUGAAGCCAGCAGAGAGGAAGGACUGACUGAGGGGCUGUGUCCUUUUAUGGGAAUUCGGGAACAUCCCUCGUCUUGUCCUGUCUUCUGCACAGCACAGGUUCCAGCACUGGUUUUGGAAGAAAAAAAUACCCUGCCCACAGAGAAAGCCAGGAAAGAUUGGGAAGUGGGUGGUCAGGAGAGAAGGCCUGAUAGGAGCCUUCAGACAAUUUGGGUCCUGGUUGGUUGGGUUGGACAGUAACAGGAAUUGCUUCUGGGCCCUAGGAAGGCUGGGACCAUAGUGCUCCAGCCCAAAGUCCAGGGGAGCAUUCAUUACCCUAGUUUGACCUGAAAAUCCAUAGGGCAGGGCCCACUACUUUCCAAAGAAAUAAAAGAACAAUUAUUUUUAACAAA